AUGUUCGCUCGUCUUUCUCCUGGGGUCCUCAGACAAAGAUCCUUUGUACCAAUCAGAUCCCUAGCAACCAUGGCUUCCGAUCCUUCCACCUAUAAGCUCAACCACACGAUGAUGCGGGUCAAAGAUCCGCAGCGAUCGGUGGAUUUUUACAAGUUCCUUGGCUUGACCUUGGUCAACAAGAUUGACAUGCCUGAAUGGAAGUUCUGCAACUACUUCCUGGCGUAUAACGGCCCCGCCUCUCUCCAGGGUGACCGUCACUGGACUGAUCGUAAUGCCGUUCUGGAAUUGACUCACAACUAUGGCACCGAGAACGACCCCAACUACAGCGUGGUGAACGGAAACACAGAGCCGCACCGUGGCUUCGGCCACAUUGCCAUCUCGGUUGACAACAUUGAAGCCGCCUGCAAGCGCAUUGAAGAUGCCGGCUACCCCUUCCAGAAAAAAUUGACCGAAGGCCGUAUGCGACACAUCGCCUUCGCUAAGGAUCCCGAUGGAUACUGGGUUGAGAUCAUCCGUCGCGCCGAUGAGGAUCUCAGCACCACCACCGACCCUGGUAGCUAUCGACUGAACCACACCAUGUUGCGCGUGAAGGAUGCCGAAGCCAGCUUGAAGUUCUACCAGGAAUCCAUGGGCAUGACUUUAGUCCGCACCAUUGAGAACCCAGAGAACAAAUUCAAUCUGUAUUUCCUGGGGUACCCCGCAUCCAAUCCCGAUAUUAAGGAGGGUAGCAAAAAUGGAGUGGCGGAGUGGGAAGGUCUGCUCGAGUUGACCUGGAACUACGGCACCGAGAAGCAGGAAGGCCCUGUCUACCACAACGGCAACACUGAGCCCCAGGGUUUCGGUCAUAUCUGUAUCUCCGUUGACGACCUCCCGGCUGCGUGCGCCCGCUUUGAGUCUCUGAAGGUGAACUUCAAGAAGCGCCUGACUGACGGGCGGAUGCACAACAUCGCAUUUAUUCUAGAUCCCGAUGGAUAUUGGAUUGAGGUGGUGCAGAAUGAGGGAAUAAAGCGCACUUCAAACUGGUAG